AGUCUGGAGUUAAUUCUUGGGAGGAGAAAAGAAUAUGGAAAGGGUUUAUGACGAGCUUGAUGAAGCUAAAGCUGAGAUCGUGAAGCUCAGGGCAGAGUACAAAAGCAAAGCGGAGUUAUCGGAAAACCUGAAGAAGUCUCACAACGAGCAGCUUGUUAAAAUCCAGGAAGCGAGUUUGAGAAUCGAGAAGCAGGCUAAAGAAAUAAAUGAAAAGGCGGAGGAAAUCGCUGCACUAAAAGAGACGUUCGAAGAUGUUCAGCGAAGUUUGAAUCAAAAGGAGUCCAUUAUCAGACGUCUAAGCGCUGCAAAUGAGAAACUUAGAAUUGAUUGUGAUGAGAAGUUGAAAAAAUUGGAAGAUGAAAACAAAGGAUUGGUAUCGGCUUUAGAGAAGGCAAAUGGGAAGAACUUUGACCAGAAGCAACAAAUUCAUGCGUGUAAGGAAGAAAUUGAAGGCCUCAAAGGGAGUUUGUCAGUUUCACAGAAGAAAUGCUUAGAAGCCGAGAAAAAAGCCAAGGGAAAAAAGGAAGAAAGAGAGAGAGAGGGUGUGUUACUCAAACUAGAAGAGGAAAAGGGGAAGAUUGAAGAGCAGCUAAAAUGGAAAAAGGAGCAGUUUACGUAUCUUGAAGAAGCACAUGGAAAGAUGCGAGAUGAGUUCAAGAAAAGUAAGAAGGAGUGGGAGCUGGAGAAGUCUUCAUUGCUUGAUGAGAUCUGCUCUUUGCAGUCAAGCUUAGAUUCCCAAACCAGGACUUUGGAAGAUCUUCAGAACCGGUUGCAGAUGUGCAACCAAGCGUUGGCUCAUGAAGAAAGCCGAAGAAAGUCUCUGGAAGUUCAACUUUCUGAUGUCAAGGGCCGGUUUGAGAAUGUUUUCGAUGAGUAUGAGGAUGCAAAAUCCCAGUUGGAGUGUUUGACUGAGAAGAGGGACGAAGAAAUUGCAUCUUUAAGGCAUUCAGUAGGCCAAAAGGAGGCAAUCCUUAAGGAGAUGGAAUAUCAGAAAAGACAAAUGGAGCAAGAAAAUCAGGACCUGAGGAGUUCCCUUAAAGAACUACAGGAAAGUCAAAUUAAGAAGGCAUCAGGUUUACCCUCUGCGGCGAAACUGCAAAACAAGCUCAAGUGUUUGGAGGAGAUGCACAAAGAGUCUGCUAAAAAUCUGAAGGCUAAAGAAGCUGAACUGAACUCCCAACUGGAGAAAAUGACGCGGGAACUGAAGAAUCAUGAGUUGCAGCUGCAGCGCAAUGACAAGACAAUAUUGGAGCUUGAGAUGGAGCUGGAGCAAGUGCAUGCAAACUAUACUGAAAAUCUGAGAGCUAAAGAAGCUGAAUGGAACUCUCAACUGGAAAAAGUUACAAACGAUCUGAACAACUGUAGGUAUGAGUUGGAGAGUAACGAUGCAAUAAUAAAAGAGCUCGGGAUGGAGUUCAAACAGGCCCAUGGAGACUCUGCAGCGAAGUUCAAGGCUCGGGAAGAUGAAUGGAAGAAUCAACUGGAAAUGAUGACAGAGGAUCUCCACAAUUGUAAAGAAGAAAUGAUAAAGCAGCUUAAGAUGGAAUUGGAGAAAAUGCAUGAAGACCAUUCUGCAGAUCUCAAAGCUAAAGAAGCUGAAAGGAACUCUCAACUGAAAAAAGUUACAAGUGACCUUAACAAUUACAGGUCUGAAUUAGAGAGUAGAGACACAACGAUAAAGGCACUCAGGAUUGAGUUGGAACAGGUCUGCGGAGACUUUGCAGCGAAGUUCAAGGUGCAAGAAGCUGAAUGGAAAUAUCAAAUAGAACUGAUGACAGAAGAUCUAAACAAGAGCAGGUCAGAGCUAGAAAAUAGAGAUGAAAAUGAGCUCAAGAUGGCAUUGGAGAAAAUGCAUGAAGACCAUUUUGCAGAUCUCAGAGAAAAAGAAGCUGAAAGGAACUCCCAACUGGAAAAACUUACAAGUGACCUCGACAACUGCAGGUCCGAGUUAGAGAGUAGAGAUGCGACCAUUAAAGCACUGAGGAUGGAGUUUGAACAGGUCCAUGGAGAAUUUUUGGCAAAUCUCAAGACUAAAGAAGCUGAAUGGAACUAUCAGUUGGACAUGAUGAUUGGAGAUCUCAACAAGUAUAAGUCCGAGCUAGUUGAUAAAGAUGCAAGAAUUAAGGGAUUUGGAAUAGAUUUGGAAGACUCUCAUUCUUCAAGCCUGCAGCUAGAGUUGCAAAAUGAGGGGAUCUCUUUGAUGUUAUUAGUGUUACAAGAUCGAAUCUCUGAAGCGCAGUUGAAGAUUGCAAACGAAAAGGCCGAUAUGGACUGGAGUAACAAAGAGAAAGAACAAAAAAUUUCUCUCCUGAUGCAGCAGUUGGAGAUGAAGAGCGCUGAUAUUGACAGAUUGCAGAAAGAUAUAAAAAAGGAACAAGAGAAUGCGGCAUCUUUGUCAAGAAGGGUUGAAUCCUUGGGUAUCAUCGGUCAGCAGCAAUUUCUAAUGCAAAAAGAUCUUGACAGGUAUGAGGAAAUGCUGGUCGAAUCAUCCACGCGUGAGGUUUUCUUAAGAGAGCAGAUUUUGCAUAUGGAAAGUGUCUUAAAUAAGAAACUGAGGGAAGUCUGCGACGACCAAGACAGAACAAACACUGAACUGACCGAGAAAAUCUGUGAAGGGAAUCAAAUGGAAUUUGAACUGUACAUAUGGAAGUCAGUUGCUGAACAUUUCAAAGUUGAACUUGAAGAAAACUUUGAGAUGCGUAAAGAGUUGGAAGCUUCUCUUCUGGCGCAAGUAGAUGUUGGGGAAACCAUCAAGCAAGAGAAACAGACUCUUACGCAUAUGCUAGAAGAGAAUGGAGAAAGAAUAGGUGAUCUUCAGCAGCAGAUUGCAUUACUUGAGCAGAAUCUCAGAACAAAAGAAGCUGGUGCUUACUCCAGAGAGAUGGAAAAAGCUAUGAUCUUAGAGCAGCUCCAGAAAGAAGUUGGGUGGUUAGAGCAGGAAUCGUUGAGAAGAGAGCUUGAAGAACUUCUGUUUGCAAAAAUUGAAGGGGAAAGAACGAUUGAGCACGAGAAAGAAAAGCUUAUGCAGCUUGUUGUGGAUCAGAAAAGCCAGAGACUAAAUGAUUUGAUGCAGCUUGUGGAGUCAUUGGAGCACAAGUUUAAUGGCUCAUUAAUUUCUUUCUCUUCCCAGCUUGCUGAGAAACAGGCAGAAAUUGAUCUGAUCCAUGAAGCUUGGGAGAAAAUUACUACUGCUGAGAUUAUGGCUGCACUAGAAAUUGAAGAGAAGAAGCUUAUGAUUGUGGAGCUUGAGGAUGACAUCCGCAAUGUACAGCAGAAACUGGAGCUUCAGCAAAAGUCCACGAGUGAUUUAAAGCAACAAGCAUCGGAAGUUGAAGCGAAAUUGGAAGCAAAAGAGUUGGAAAUGAUGAAGUUGGGUGAUCAACUGAAAACAAAGCUGGAAAACUCAGAUGCCUUGAUUGAGGAGCUCAAGAGUGAGAAGAGAGAUUUACUUGAAGAUAUCACCAAGUUGUCAUCAGAAAGGGAAAACUUGUUGGGUUUUGUCGGGGGGUUGGAUGACAGGAUUGGUGAGUUUUCCAGUACAGACAAACAACUGAUGGACAUGUUGGAGACGAUAAUGCUCUCUUGUGACAACCUUGGUUCUCAAAUGGACGCGAAUUCGGAAGACGAACACUCUGGCCCUGCGAAAGAGAAUGUGGAUAGCCCUGCUGCAAUGAAGAGAUUUGAAGCAAUUUCUGAUGUAAGAUCUCCAUUCAGAGAGAUCAACAGUCAGAUGUAAGUUAAAAGAAUUGCAUAUUGUAGUUAUUGCAGACUACGUACUUUCAGAAGAUUGCUAACUUGCCGUGCUAAUUUAUGAAAAGCAUGGAUUUUUUUUCCCUUUCUUUCCCACUGUCCAAGCUUGUAUGUGAGACUGAUGCUUGUGUGUGAAAGCUUUUAUUCUCUUUUAUAACAGCUUACUAGAAAUUCAUUUGUAUUUUCUUCGUCGUCUUCGACUUUUGCAGUGCAUUCAAUAA